AUGGAGAAUUCUACAGUUCAAGCGGAGAAAAAGAGAGGUAACAAUGCCAUCAAUAGUUUGGAUGAUUUUGAGAUAAAUUUCUUGGAUGAUGAUUCUGAUGGAGAAAAAGAAGAAGUGGAUGAUAGAGUAUUGACUUCAAAGAAAGAUCUCUCAGACACCGCUUCUGUAACGUCGAAUUCAUUAUUAAGAGCUACCAUCUGUGAGCUGGAGCGAGCGUUGACGGACACGAGAAGGCUUCUAUUAGUACGAGACAAAGAGAGCGCUACUUUACGUCAAGAAUUAGAAAAAGCACGCAAAGAUCUUCACAGAGAGCAACAGUUAAGAAAAAAGCUUGAACGAGAGAGCGAAUCGAAGGAAGAGAAAUGCCGUAAGGACAAAAAAGAGAAAUCAAAAUUAACAGAGGAGAUCAAAGAACUAAAAGAGAAGCUGCGAGAAUUUGAAAAUCCGCAGCAAAGCAGCGAUCCAGAGGAGAUUGUACCUUGCUGUUCUUCUAUGCACGAGUUAGUUGAGCUGCAGCGUAAAUUGAAAGAAACUGAACAGCAGUUAGCAGAUUUUAAGGUAAACAACCAAUUACUGGGCAGCGAGCAAAAAAUUUUGGCCACGAUGCCACAGUUACCGAACGGAAGUGCAUCACCUAAGAAUCACAAACAGACUCAGAGAGAAAUGCAGACGCAGCUUAAAUUGAAAUUUCUACGAGAUGCUUUCUUCUACUAUAUGAUCGACUUCCACGCAGAUGAGCAGAUGAGGGCCAUUUUAGCAAUUCUAGAUUACGAAGACAGACGACAUGAUAUCAUCAUUGAAUCGCAUAAAAUGAAGAGACAGGGCAAAAAAUUCACUGUGACUGAGGUUUCUAGUAGGUCACUGACAUUUGUGCAAGAGGAGAAACUUUAA